AUGCGUUGGAUGACAGAGGUCAGUACUGUGUUUGACUUGAUACCCUGUGCUUCCCCAGUCUCGGACAAGAUGCGAAAGAGCCAGCUAGCCGUGUUGACCGGGCUUGUCCUCGUGGUCCAGCUGGGGUGCGACGCGAAGCCCCAGUCCGUCCAGGUCAACAACCAGGCCCUGUUCACCCUGGGGGCGGUGGCCCUCGCUGCCGGUCUGGGGUACCACUUCGGCCAGAAGUCGACCAACAACCGCAGGCCGCAGCAGAGCCAGUUCGGGAACCAAGGCUUUAUCCCAGGAUUCUUCCGUCGACGUCGUCAGGCAGAGCCAGAAAAUGAGUUGGAUCCCCUGGUGACGAAGCUGUUCAAGAUGGCUUUGGACAAGGAUUCGAACAGCUGCAGUCUCCGGCUAACCUGCAAGAUCGGCACCAAGCCCCUGUCAUCCCUCAGCGGCCACGCCAGGAACCUCUUCGGCGUUCUGAGCAAAGAAAACGAGAAGCCUGUCGCGAUUGCCAAGGACGAAUUCGACGGCAUCGACGCUUACAAGGUGGCCCUCAACCUCGGUCGUGACGGCGGCGACUGCGACCAGCUCUUCCCCCGCUGCCCCUCGACCUCCGGCCAGCUUAUGGACGUCUUCCAAAGCCUCAAAGUCUCUCCCAACUAAAUCUUCAAAUCUCUUUCUUGCUUUUUCUUGAGAUUUUAGCCCUCCGAGUCCUCUCUUCCAGUCAGGCGCCCCCGCUGGUAUUUCGAAGUCCCUGGUUUUCACGAAAAGUCAUGUUUACCUUCCGAGUCCUACCUCAAUACCAUGAAUUGAACUCAAGAUAACUGCGUGGUUGUUCAACUGUCCAGCCUUCCUAAAUUUAACAAAAGAGAUCCACAACCUUGCGUUUCAGCUAUCCAUUUCUUCACAGCAAAUUUCAACCAGGUAUCGAAGUUCGGUUUGAUAGUCAAAAUGUUCUUGUAUAUAAGUUUUAGUUUCGAUUCCAUAUACUUUCGAGAGAUCUCAGGAGUGUUAUACGCUUCUCAACAUAGAUGUUUAUUUAUAGUAAAUAUUGUAUAUUUAUGAAAUAAAGGAAUUUCUACAA